AUGUCCGGUAGCUCCAACAGCGCUUCGCGCAACAAUAUUCUGCGCGACUUCAAGAGCCUGACGGGCAUGCCCGAGGCUAGGUGCACAGAGUAUCUCGAAUCCGCAAACUGGGACAUCGGUCUUGCCGCCCAGGCAUACUACGCCGACCACGAUUCUGGGGAAGAAGAGAUUGAACCCGUUGCGCAGGCUCAACCUUCUGCUCCUACCCCCUCCGAAUACACCGGCCCCCGAACUCUCGAUGGACGACCCGCGCCUGAAUCAGCCGGCAGAACGAGCACUGUGAAGAAGGCGGCGCCCAAGAAGAAGGGUCUCGCAACGCUCAGCUCCAUCGGUGGAGGUCACGCACACGACGACGAUGACGAUGACGAUGAUGAGGACGACGACGACAGGGGUCGUGGCGACCUCUUCGCUGGCGGCGAAAAGUCUGGGUUAGCUGUGCAGGACCCGUCCCAGGAGGGCGGUGGUGGUGCCAAGAAGAUUAUCAGCGACAUUCUCGCCAAGGCCAAGGCGAACGCUUCUCGGCCAGAGACUGCAUCACCCGCAGGCCCUUCGCGCUCCGGUGCUUUCCGCGGAAGCGGCACCACCUUGGGUGGCGAGGGCAGCGAGAGCCGCAGUAUUCCCGACCCUGAUGCCCAGGAGGGCGCGAGUGGCUCGGCGGGCGCGACUGGCGAGCCUCAAGAGCGCACAUUGCACCUAUGGCAGGAUGGCUUCAGCAUUGACGAUGGCGAACUCCACCGAUUCGACGACCCCGAAAAUGCUAUGGACCUCAACAUGAUCCGGGCUGGCAGGGCUCCCCUGCACUUGAUGAAUGUUCGUUACGAUCAGCCGGUCGACGUUAAGCUUCAUCAACACCAGGAGAACUACCACCCGCUGCCCAAGUCAUACAAGCCUUUCGGUGGAGAGGGACGCCGGCUCGGUAGCCCCGUACCUGGCGAGGGCAGCUCUUCGUCGACCGCAGCUGCCCCCGCAGCCUCGGCCCCGGCCAGCUCCAGCUCGACGGGCCCUCAGCAGACUAUCGAUGAGUCUCAGCCUACUCUGACCCUUCGUAUUCAGCUGCCCAACGGCACCAGGCUGCCUGCUCGCUUCAACACCACCAACACAGUCAAUGACGUCUACGAGUUCGUCCAGCGCGCUUCUGCGGAUACCCGCUCCAGAUCCUGGGUAUUGGCCACGACAUUCCCCAACAAGGAUCACACUGACCGCACCCUGGUGUUGGGUGAGAUGCCCGAAUUCAAGAAGGGCGGCACGGCCGUCGUCAAGUGGGCUUAG